AUGGCUGUACUUAUGGUGGGCGGAGCAAUUCGGGUGCUGCUGGACUAUGUGGAUUCUAAAGAAAUCAAUGACUUCUUUCUGUUGCACGAUUAUAGGUUUCUGGAGGAGUUGAAGAUACCGUUGCAGUUUGCUGCUAAGGUGAUCAAUAAUGCUGAGGAGCGGCGGGACAAGGAAACACAAGUUCAACAUUGGCUCAACGAUCUUGAAGAAGCUGUCUAUUUUACACAGGAUUUCAUGGUUGAUGUAUGCAAUUUGCUGGACAGUUGGGGUGGUGGAAGUAGAGCAGAUAAGUCCAAAGAGCAUGAAAGAAGAAUGAUAGAGCAGUUCAAGGAAAGGAUGGAGAUCAUCCUUAAGAGGAUGGAGUUCAUCCGUGAAUCUGGAGAAUUCAUUGAAGCAUUUGAUUUUCGAAGACUACCUCCAUUUGAUUUUUUUGAUGGCUACGAAUCUGAAGUUGUAUACGGUAGAGAGUUUGACAAAAGAAAAAUAAUUUAUCACUUGUUGUCAGACAAUGCAAGUCGCAAACAGUUGUCUGUAACUUGGAUUGUGGGCAUGCCUGGGAUAGGCAAGACCACACUUGGUGGGCUGGUUUACCACGAUCACGAAGUAAGUCAACAUUUUGAAUUUAAGGCCUGGCUUUGCUUUUCUGAAGGCUUUGACAUAUCCUGGGCGAAACGAGCAAUUAUUGAGUCAGUAACUUCACGGCCUAGUGUUACUGUGGAACGAUUGUCUUUUGGAAAUAUAUUGAAGAAGUACCUUAGGGGGAGGAGAUUUCUAAUUAUUCUAGAUGAUGUGUGCGUGGACAAUAAGAUUGAUCAGAACUGGGACAUCUUUCUAUCUGAUUUUGAAGAUGUCGCAAGCCAGAUUUGUUUGAUUGUAACCACAGGCAGUUUUGGCUUUGCAGCACAAAAAAGCAUUAAUGAUUUUUAUGUGAAUAUGAAUCCAUUAUCAGAAGAAGAUGGUUGGCCUAUGUUAGCAGAAUUUGCUCUUAAAUACCAAAAUGAUGAUUCAUAUUUAGAACUAGAAGCUAUUGGCAGAAAAAAUUUUGCUGCAGGUUAUGAAUUUGAGAAAGAGAAGUUAGUCCUCUUAUGGAUGGCAGAAGGUCUUCUUCAGCAGCAAGGAGGAAAUCGAACAAUGGAAGAGAUUGGUGACAGAUCUCCAAACACUGUCUUGCUUGUUGUGGGCAAAAAAACCAACUCCACAAUUAAAGAGUUAGGGGGGCUUCAGCAUCUUCAUGGAACACUUCAACUUUUGGAGUUACAAAAUGUGGUCCCUUCGGAAGAUGCAGCUAAGGCUGGCUUGAAAGAAAAAACAUACCUUGAUGGGCUACUGUUGAAGUGGGGUGACGAUACCAUUGAUAGGAAAAAUCAUAAAGAUGUACUUGAAAAGCUGGAGCCUCAAACAAAUUUGAAGAGGCUCAAUAUCAGUUUCUACUGUGAUGUGAAAUUUCCAGAUUGGUUGGGGGAUUUUUCAUUCUCUCACAUGGUGUCCCUACGUCUUAGAAAUUGCAUGAAUUGCUUACUCUUGCCACCAGUCGGGCAGCUGCCAUCUCUUAGAGUCCUCGUUGUUGAAUGGAUGACUGCAGUGAAGAGGUUGGGUCCUGAAUUCUAUGGAAUGGAUAAACCAUUUCAGUCUUUGGUGCUUGUGAAUACACUUAUGGCAGAGGAAUCAUUGCAGAAAAGGCUUCUAGAUUAUCAUGAUAAGAUUCUAUUUGUAAGUGACAAAACAGGUUCUGCAGAAUCCUCAUUGUCCAAGAGUCAAUAUGCUGCAGCUGCGAAUGCUCAUUGCCUAUGA